AUGCCCAAGCGAGCUCGCAAAGCCAAUGCCAUAGCGGCAGGAGCUAUAGACACCAAUGCUCGGUCAGCUGGCCUUGUUUCGCAGGCCACCAUGGAAUCACUGCCGAUAGCUGUUCCUGAAGCUCCGAUGGCGGCUCAAAUGCCCGAAACCCUGGCACCAGAAAUGCCUCCAAAGCCGAUCCCCUUGCAAUGCUGCGUGUGCCCCGAUACCCCUACAUUCUCGGACGUCUCUCAUCUCCUGACGCAUAUCGCUUCCAAAGGCCAUUUGCACCAUGAAACGCAGACCAAGCUCAAGGCUCGCCAAGAUGGGCAGGCGUUCACAAGCAUCCAAAGCUAUGACCAAUGGUAUCGAGACAAUAACAUUGAGUCUCUUCUCAUCGAGAGGAUGAAAACCAAGCAGGAGAAGGAUGCAACGAGAAGCAAACGAACACAAUCAAACCGGAAACCCAAACGUUUACCCGGCACUGUAGCACCAAUCAUCAAGUCCGAGGAUGAAGAAUUCCCCUCUAGCACCAGUAUGGCUGCUCAUCCCGGCGCUUCUGUACCGGAACAUGAUCUGGUUGCAGCCGAGGAUGUCACCACGCUUGAUGACACCAUGUCCCUCAAAGGACUGAUCUGGCCAGGCAUGGGAAAGUUGGACCUUGCAAACGACGAGAUGAAGCGCAUCAGGAACCAGAAAAAGCCACGAUCUGUCAUUGAGAAGAUGCGGAGGACAUCAGAGGGUGUCAGCUCCGAACAAGUUGUCUACAGUCCUGGCUUUGAGUUCGCGAGAACAAAGGACGUUUAUGAUGAGCUCACGCCGGAUGAGGAUGGGGUGGAACCAGUCUCAGAAAAAAAGACGGUCCGCACCAAGAGGAAGAAGACCAAUGCUCUCGCAGAUGUGUCCGUAAACAUUCCACGUCGGAACCUCAAGCAAGCACGCCGUGAGGGCUGUGCACUGCCAAACGUGGCAAAGCCUACCAAAGCUGGCGGACACGAUAUCGAUCCUGAGCUGUCCACCUUCGUGCCUCCAUCCCAGCGACCGACCCCCGAUGUCUUCAGCGACGAAGAUCUCAAGCCUGCUUUCGAUGACCAAGGAUUUGCAGUCCCGACUACUCGAGAGCACAAUGUCUACCACCUCCCCGGCGUCACAUACACGAGGGCCGAUAGAUUCGGCAACAUUGGGGGCGAUGAUGGCAGCGAUCCGGACAAGGGCGAGGAUGGUGGUCUCAGCUUCGAGGAUCACAGUGCCUGGGAACAACAUCACCUGAACAUACCCUUGACGAUCACCGAUGCCCUCCGCACCGAGGAUAUGAGCCUCUGA